AUGUGUUAUUUAAAGUUUGACGAGUUAGAAACUCUUAUUAAAGAAUCAUUUUCUUAUAUUCGAGUUUUGCGUUUUACUGCAUCUUGGGAUAGUUCUUAUCUUGAUGCUGAUCGUUGGGAACAAUUAAUUUUAAAACAUAUACCUCAUUUACGGAUAUUGGAUUUCAAAUAUACAGAAGGUCUUGAUAAUCAAUUAAUGUACAAACCAUAUCACUUAAAUUUCGAUCGAUUUCUUUCACCGUUUUGGAUUCAACGAAGAUGGUUUUUUGAGCUUAAAAUUUGUAUAAACGUGUUCCCACCAGCUACAAUUACAUAUUCGAUUCAACCAUUAAAAAAACAAUGGUACGAAUGGCACGAUGAUGCAAACUCGAAUCAAUUUGUUACUUGUUCAACUUUGGCUGAACAAAAAAGCAACAAUACUUCGUUUUCGCAUCUUCAUCUUACGGUUGAAGGUCCACCAACUGUAGAAUACUAUAGAUUAGUGCAAGGUUAUAUUUGUUCUAUUGCUGCUUUGGUACAAUUUACUAGUUUACAUAUUGAUUUGUGUCAUUUUUCAAUUUCUAUUCUGAUUCAAUUCCUAAACAUGUUACCUAAUCUUGAUUCAUUAACAAUAACAUCUGAAUUUCCAGAAAAAGCUAAAAUUUUAUCUAAAGAACAAAUUAAUAUGUUUCAUUUUGUAUCUUCUAAUAACAAAAUAACUAAGGUGAAUCUUGAACAAAUGACAGAACUCGAUCAAAUUCAUAUUAUUAUGGAUCUCUGUUUUCAUAUGUGUGAUCUUCAAGUAAAAUGUAGAAAUAUCUUCGAUGGUAAAUGGUUAAUACGUUAUGUUAUAAACAAAAGAAAUACAAAUUUUAUUCCACACUUAUGUUCAAUAUGUCUUUGGAUUUCGGAAGCAAAUGAUGAAAUGAUGAGCAAUUUACAAAUAAUAAUCGAUAUUGAAAAGUUAAUUGAUAAUUAUACAAUCAAACGUAUAUGUGAUAAAAUUUAUCUGCGAUGGAAUGAACACCUGUAA